AUGAAAUCCUUCAGAAGAUCCAGAAAUAACAGAAGGAGAAGAAACUUUGGAAAAGGAAAAUAUAUUACGGAUCAGCCAAGAAAUGAUGGAAAAUGCUAUGAAUGCGGAAAGUAUGGACAUAUAGCCAGUGAAUGUCCAGAAGCUAAGAAGAAUCACUCCAGGGGAAAUCAAAAGAAUAAAGCUCUAAGCAGUUGGAGUGAUGAAGACAACUCAAAAAAUGAACAUGAAGAAAUUGCAAAUUUAUGCUUCAUGGCAAUGGAGGAAUCAAGCACUAAGGUAUGUAAUAAUUGUAAUGACUUGAAAAACUUACUGGAUCGUGCUGUAACUAAUUUGAAUAGAAUUCUAACUGAUUUUCGAAAUCUUCAAAAUGACAAAAGAAAUUUAGAAAUAAAAUUGGAAGUUAGUGAAGUGGAAAAAGAUUUACUCUAUGAAGAAAUUCAUGAGUUAAAAACUACUCUUAAAAAUGCUCAAAAUAAAUCAAUCUUUCUCAAAUCCACUUCCAAAAACUAUCAAGGCUCUAGCAGCAAAAGCUCCUUAGAUGGAAAUUAUGUUAGUUGUAAUCAGUCCUACAAGUUAACUGAUUCAAAAACUAACAGUUUCGAAAUAAUGAUACUUCUAAAUGGAUUUGGAAACCUAAAGGAAAUCCAGAAUGCUCUAAACUCAAAGUACCCAAAAAAAUUUGGGUACCUAAAAGAAGAAAAUGACUUUGUUUUGCAGGAACACCACAGGAAAACAAAAGGAAGAUGGUAUCUAGAUAGCGGGUGUUCAAAUCAUAUGACAGGAGAUAAAAACCUGUUCAAAUCUGUUGCUGAAUAUAGAGGAGGAAGCAUUCGUUUUGGCGACAACUCCAAAGGAACUGUAAUCGAAAUUGGUACAAUUACUUUUAAUGAUGCCUGUGAUAUCACUAAUGUUUAUCUAGUAACAGGUCUCAAAUAUAACUUGCUGAGCAUCAGUCAAAAUCGUGUUGCUUAA